GAAUAUAAAAAUAUACAGAAGAGAUAGAAAGUUAGAGAGAGAAAGAAAGGAGAGGGUGAAGUGUUAGACUUUGUGUCCUCAUAAAGUAUCACAUCACCCACUAUUUCAUACCUAUAAAUCUUGGUCCUUCUAUUUUCCAAAAUUCUCAACAAUCUCAACACAAACCACCUUAAAUUUUCUUGAGAGUUGAAGAAACAUUACAGAGAAGAAGAACAAGAUGGGCAGAGCUCCUUGUUGUGAUAAAGCAAAUGUGAAAAAAGGACCAUGGUCACCUGAAGAAGAUGCUAAACUCAAAGCUUUUAUUGAACAAUCUGGUACUGGUGGUAACUGGAUCGCUCUUCCUCAAAAAAUUGGGCUGAAGAGAUGUGGAAAAAGUUGCAGAUUGAGAUGGUUGAAUUACUUGAGACCUAACAUCAAACAUGGUGGAUUCUCUGAGGAAGAAGACAAUAUCAUCUGCAGCCUCUAUAUUAGUAUUGGCAGCAGGUGGUCAAUAAUUGCAGCUCAAUUACCAGGAAGAACAGAUAAUGAUAUUAAGAACUACUGGAACACAAGGUUGAAGAAGAAGCUACUCGGAAGACGAAAACAAGCGAAUAACAUGCAUCGGCUAUCGGAUACUACUCAAUCGGAUUCGAAUCGUGUUGAAGAUACUUCUUCGUCUUCGAUUUCCUUAAGCAACUCAGCUCUUGAAAGGCUUCAGCUUCAUAUGCAACUUCAAACCCUUCAAAACCCAUUUACUAACUUAUGCAACAAUCCUACACUAUGGCCUAAGUUGCAUCCUCUUCAGGAAAAACUUCUCCUUCAAUCUAUGGCUGAAACAUCUAAUUCUCUUAUGCAACAAUUUAUGCCUAAUACUCAACAAUUAUCACUUCUUGAUCAUCACAAUUACCCGAAAGUCGAUAAUCCUACAGUGAAUGGUACUGUAGUGAAUUCAAAUAGCUUAGUUCCAUUCAACAAUUGUGGCAAUAAAGCGACGGACUCAAAUAUGGGAGUCAGCCUGCAAUCUGAUGCAGCAAUUCAGCCUGUUUUGACAUUCCAGGCCGAGCUUGAGGAUUAUCUGAGUAACAAAAUAUGUGGGUAUGUGGGACAAGAAGAUCAGAUUACUGAGUUUGAUUGUUUUAAGGAAAUGAAUAAUAGUUCAAAGGACAGCUUAAUGUGGUGGUCUAAUGUGUAUGAGACAAAGUCAGGAUCAUCUAAUUCUUGGGAUUCGAGUUCUGGUCUUCAGUCUGAAGGGAUGUUUCAGGAUUAUGAAUAUAAUUUGUAAUUAGAGGAGAUUGGGAAAAAGAAAGGAAUUAGAGAAUGGGCUUCAGCUACUUAAUUAUUUAAUUGUGAUGGUGAAGAAAAUGAGGAAGAGAAGUUGACAAUAUGGUAGCAAACGGUUUUAUGUAAAUUUGUGUGAAUAAUAACGUUAAUGUCCUUCUCAGAGAAGCAUGUGUUCUAAAAAUUAAUACUGAGUGUAUUAUUUUCUAGUUAAA